AUGGAAGAGGAACCUAAUAUGCUGGGAAGUAGACUUAAAUUACCAGAUAUAUUUGAAUUAUUAGAUUUAUCUGAAAUUCUGGAUGCUGGUCUAAGGGAGACGUACAUUCAAUUUUGGGAUUUACUGAAUCAUAAACAGCUAUUGAGAAAGAAGAAAAUAGAUAAAAGGAACCCUGAGGAUCAAUGGAUUAAAACAGGGAUGAACCAGGAAAGAGUAUAUAGCCCUACUAGCCAUGCUAUUUGCAAUGCAGACUGUCCAUCAAAUAAGAUUUAUGAUUGCUUCGUCUAUUUCAGUGUUGUUAGACGCUCUAAAAUGAUAACGGUGUCAAAAAAGUCAUUUGUUGGCAAAGAAGAUUCCCAGGAGUUUAGCGACCUCAAACUGGACAGCCUUGGGCAUAGUUGGUUAUCUUGCCUGUCAUUUGUGUGUCGCGUUCUCCUGACUCCAGAUCAGAGAAACCCGCAAGAUAUUGCAUUAUCCUCCUGUGAUGUUUUGUCAAAGACAAUAACGAGUGAAGCAGCUGGUAUUGAUAUUCGAGCGGCAACAUUGUAUUUGGGACUGCUGCAGUUGAACUGUAAGGGUGGAUCUACUAGAAGUAUUGGAGAAGUCACUUGCAUCAAUUUGGAAUCAAACAAUCUGGCAGGUGAUCCGACAGGGCCAGGAGGCAAGGGCCAGGAGGCAAGGGCCAGGAGGCAAGGGCCAGGAGGCAAGGGCCAGGAGGCAAGGGCCGGGGGGCCAAGGGGUCUAACGGUGAUAGAUAGUGCCUCCAACACGGAACUUCUAAUCAUGAGGGAUCUCAAUGAGCACAUUGAUAAUGAAGAAUAUGGUGUAAUGGGGAAAAUGGAAGAAACUAAUAAACGAUAA